AUGGAACAAAAAAUUAAGUUACUCUAUUUUAUUAAAAUUUUUACGUUUAUCAUUUUAACUUGGUUAUGUCUUUUUUACAGUGAUAUUAAUACAUUUGACAAAUCUUUGUAUGAGUGCAACAAUUUGGAUAGAAUAUUACAUACAAGAAAUUAUCAAUCACUAGCAAACUAUGGAGAGGAAUUGCGUUCCAAUUUUGGAAGAUCAGAGAAAGGGAUACCUUACUGUAUUAAAAAAUUGAAUGAAAAAAGUUUUACAAUUAAUAAUGAAAAAAGGAACAAAAAAAAAGGUGAACAUUCAUAUAAAAAUUUAUUAAUUAAUAAAGGGAAGUUUAAUACACCUAUGAAAUAUAAUAAUAGGAUAUUUCAUAGAACAUGUUCCAAUUUCGAAAUUAAAUUUUUUAAUGCACUUGAUAAAAUGUAUUCUUUAAAAAAGAUUAGAAUGAAUAAUGAUGAGUCUUACAGAAAAUUAAAAAAUAAAAAAUAUAGAUUGCGACUUAGUUUCCUUUUAUUAGUUUUUUUGUUGGUAUUAAUGAUACCUGUACUAGAUUUAUCAUUAACUUAUUGGGGAUCCAAAAAUGGGUUAUUGGGUGCAAUAGGAUUGUUAUCAACGCGAGACCCUACAUCUAAUUCGUGUUUAAUUGGUGGUGAUAUUAAAGUAAGUGGACUUAUAGCAACAUGGUUUAAAUUAAAUGACACAAAUUUUGUUGCAAUAGAAACGACAUUGAGUAUUCUUUUAUAUUGCGUGCCUUUCUUUAUAUUAGCUAUAAUACUUAUAUUAACGGUUGUUUAUUACUAUAAAAAUUCUAUAAAAAAUCAGAAAAUAAAGUUUAAAGAAACGUUCUAUGAAUAA